AUGCGCGAACCGAGCUUGACCAUGAUAAAAGCCGCCCUCCGCCGCCUCUCCUCAGCCCUAAGCACCUUCCUCCACUACUUCAAGGCCUCCAAACCCGCAAGCAUGCCAUCCGCAGUCUACCAGGCCAAGAUGAACGGCUCCAAGCCCGCCCCCGUCCCCCGGACCUACGAAACCCUAAGCAAGACCCUCCUCUUCCCGAACCUCGAGGAGAAAGAAUGGUGGGAGGCCACCGGCCCCAUGCUCUCCAAGAUGCUGUCCGACGCAGACUACGACAUCCACCACCAGUUCCACUACCUCAACCUCUGGGCCGCCCACAUCAUCCCCUUCCUCGGCCCCUUCCCCAAGUCCCGCCCGGGCCUCUACAAGUGCGCCCUCGGCGGCCUGGGCUCCAUGGAGUUCAGCCAGAACUUCACCAAGGCCGGCGCCACCGUCCGUCUCACCUUCGAGCCGACUAGCUACGCCGCGAGCACGGGCGACGACCUCUGCAAUCGCGGCAUGGUCGACGAGUCGCUCCGCCGCCUGAAGCGCAUCUCCCCCGCCGUCGACCUAACCCUCUACCACGAGCUCCUGUGCAAACUCACCCUCACAGACGCCGACGAACAAGCCCUAGUCAACCGCGACGCGGUCGCCGAUCAAGCCGUUAAAACACAGACAAUGGUAGCGCUGGACAUGAAGGGCGGGGACAUCGCCGCGAAGCUGUACCUCGUCCCGGCGCUCAAGUCCCUCGCAACAGGAACACCAAUGUGGACGCUCCUCCGCGACGCCGUGCGCGCCGUCGACAGCACCGUCGGCGGGAUCUUCACGCAGGGCCUGGCGAACGUCGAGUCGUACAUCGCCAAUGCACCACCAAGUCUGCACGCCGACAUGCUCUCGUGCGACCUGGUGGCGCCCACGAAAACCCGCUUCAAGAUCUACGUCUCCGAGUUCGACGUCAACUUCGACCGCAUCGUCGAUAUCUGGACGCUGGGCGGGAAGAUCCAGGGCGACGAGACGACGCACGGCCUCGCCAUCCUCAAGGGCAUCUGGGAUGCGCUGGAUAUCCAGACCGGACUGCGCCCCCCGCCCGACCUGAAUCGGCCCAGCCCGACCCUUCCGCCGGAUGAGCUGCCCAUCGUCGUGAACCUGGAGAUCAAGCCCGGUGGGGUCUGGCCGCAGCCGAAGAUGUACUUUGCGCUUCCCGGGCAGAAUAGUCUUGCUGUUGCGAGGGCUGUGGAGGGUGUGUUUCGCAGCUGGGGGUGGGAGGAGCAUGCGGAUUCUUAUAUUCGGAAUGUGCAAUCUUAUAAGCCUGAUGUCUCGCUCGAAGAGAGCUCCAACGUCUUCUCCUGGCUGUCGUUCAGCUACAGCACGAAAACCGGCCCUUACGUGACUAUGUACUACCAUUAG